UUUCCACACAAAAAAAGAAAAAAUAUCAAACAAGCAAAGAGGUCUUCAGUUCUGAAUUCUCUCAUAUCCCCUCUUUUUUGAACUUUAUUCACUUCCUUCAUGCCCACCAGUCACAACCACCCACCACCACCCUCCCAAACCACCAUUUGUCCCAUCUUCUUCUACAUAAUCAAUAUAAUAGUAUCAUAAUAUAUAUAUAUAUAUAUACACACACACACACACACACCCCCCUAUACAGAGAAGACGACGACUAAUUACUUUACUGAUUCUAUCAGUGACCAUCAAUAGCAAUUGUGAUUAAUGGAUUUGGGAGAUCGGAAUCAGGGUGGGUCGAUAGGGAAUUACACACUGGGACCCAGUAUCGGGUCGGGUUCGUUCGCGGUGGUGUGGCGGGCGAGACAUCGGCAAUCAGGUACGCAAGUGGCAGUGAAGGAGAUAGACAAGAAACAGCUCAGCCCCAAAGUAGCCGAUAAUCUCCUCAAGGAGAUUUCGAUCCUCAGCGACAUUCGUCAUCCCAACAUUGUUCGCCUCUUUGAAGCCAUCGAGACUGAGGACAGAAUUUACCUUGUUUUGGAGUACUGUGACGGCGGUGACCUUGCCGGUUACAUUCAUCGGUGCGGCAAAGUUUCUGAAGCUGUUGCGAAGCACUUCAUGAGGCAAUUGGCUGCGGGACUGAAAGUGCUGAACGAGAACCGUCUCAUUCACAGAGAUUUGAAACCUCAGAACCUACUUUUGUCAACUAAUGAAGCGGCUCCGCUACUGAAGAUAGGUGACUUUGGUUUUGCAAGGUACCUGACACCUCAAGGUUUGGCUGACACACUGUGCGGUUCACCAUUAUACAUGGCGCCUGAGAUAAUUCAGAAUAAAAAGUAUGACGGCAAGGCUGACUUAUGGAGUGUUGGAGCUAUCUUGUUCCAGUUGGUGACUGGGAAGCCGCCAUUUGAUGGUGAUAACCACUUCCAGCUUUUUCAGAAUAUUUUGACAUCCAGUGAGCUGCGGUUUCCACAAGGUGCUUUACAAGUACUAAAUCCAGAUUGCGUUGCUCUUUGCAGGGGCCUUUUACGUCAUAACCCUGUUGAGCGACUAACAUUUGAGGAGUUUUUCGAUCACAAGUUCUUAGCAGAGGCCAGAGACUCAGAAAUUUCUUCAUCAUCAUCUUUACCUGGCGAUGUCAAAUGUAGAAAGGAUCAUGGCAGCAUAUUCCGACCCUCAGGUAUUGGUGAGUUUAUACGAAAUACUGCCUGUGAUAGGCUGAGGACAUCUCUUGAAGGUGACGUAGAUUCAUCAGACCAGCUACCAGUUACUGAUUCAAUGGAGUCCAUUGAAAAAGAUUAUGUUAUUGUUAGUGCUCAUUUUGCUUCAAUGGAGACAUUUUCUUGUUCCUUGGAAACAUCCUUGCUAAGUAAUCCUGCAAGCAGAGUUUUUAGUGGUGCACCAAAGAAGAAUGCUCGGGAUAUUGAUGCUGCAAUGAAAGCAAAGGCGCCAGUUGCUAGUCCAGUUCGUAGUGCAAAAAUUGCAGGGAGCCAAGAAUCAGAUUUGUUAGCAGCAUCAAGUGCAUCGACUAUAUUGAGGGAAGUGCAAGGGCUGUCUGUAUUGCAUCCUUCAACUAGGCUCCAGUUGUUGCACCAGUAUAUUUGUACUCUUUCAGAACUAGCACAAGUAAAGUUCAGUGCAGGUCUGUUUCUAGAAUCAUUUUCAGUUGAACUGGUAGUUUUGGCAAUUUGGAAAAAUGCUAUUCAAGUUUGCAGCUCUUGGCUGGCCUCCGCCACAGAGGGUGAUGUACCUGGAAGCUGUUCUGUUCAUGAAUCCACACCUGUUCAGGAAGGUUCUGGCUUAUCUCCAUAUUCAGAAGAAACUGUAGAUUUUAGCAUACCUCAGUCUGUUUCCAUGUGGGCAGAGCAAGGGUUUCUUGUUGCACUUGAUCGUGCAGAGAAGUUAUCAAAUCAUAUUCAGGAUAUGGAUGGUAAUGUUCAGAUGCCAGAUGCUAUGGAGAUUAUAUUUCAGACAGCACUUCACGUUGGGAAAAAUGGUGGUGUGGAUGAACUAAUGGGUAAGAAGAGCAGUGCAGCAGCAUCAUACUCGAAAGCAGUGCUACUGCUUUCAUUUAUUGUUGGAGAAGCAACUGCACUGCCACUCAACCCGCCGUUUUUAUUAACUCCUGCUGAUGGAAAACGAAUAGAAGGAUACAUCAUCAACUUCAAGUCUCGACAGUCUCAUUUCCAAAUGUCACCAUCAUCUUCUAAGCAGUCCUUGGACCCUUUGAGCAAGUAAAUACAUCUGAUUCUGUACAGCUAUCAACAUCAAAUCUCAAACUACAAAUCAAAACACGAGCUUCCUUGAGUUGCUGAUUACCAAUAUAAUGUCUUGAUAUUGUGGUACAAUGCAUCUCAAAAUAUUGAACAAUGAUAAAUCCAAACCAUCAUGUCAGAAAGCUUGAGCUGCCAACAUGUCGCGAAGUUGUGGUCAGAUGCAGCAGAUAAUUUUGAUCUUGUUUGGUGAUGACUUGAUGGAAAGGCCAUAAAUUUUGUUUAUUGAUUACAUUAUGAGGAAGACUCGUUGAGUAUAUACUCUGAUACAAAAGAAUUAUUCAACAGAAUACUGACAAUCUGGAUGAGAGAGAUGAUAAUUGUUUGGGUGAUUAUGUAGACAUGGCUAUACAUUCUCUGUGAAUGGACAUUGUAAAUAUAAACAGAUGAUAUUCUUGUACAGUUUUGUUCAUUUUUAUUUUGUAAGUACUGCAUAUUAGAUAGUAGCAUUCACUUUGUUCCAAGAUGUAGUUAAGAUGGUAAAAUCAUUGUAUUAAGUAAACUAUGCUCACUUUAUUUUUACGACCA